UUCCUCCACCAGUGCAGUGGGCUGCAGGUUUUUUAACGCUCAGGGAGCCUGGAUGGAUUGGUGCCUGGAGUCCUGAGGGGAGGGGCCCCACUGGGGUGCUUGUGCAGAGUCAGCAGGGGAAGGAGGCAGAGCUUGGGGGUGGUCAGGACCUGCUCAGGAGCAUAUAAGUCCGGGGUAUGUCAGCGUCUCUUCCCACCACUACUGGCCUACAACACGACUUUUCAGGGGCAGAGGCAGCGAGAAGCAUUGGAGGAUGAUGGAAGCCGAGAUGAAUGGUGACAGUGUCCACUUCUGCACAGACAACCAGAAUGUCUCCCUGCACCCGCCAGGCCCGGACUCCUCAGCAGUGUCUCCCGCGGCCCCCAAGACGUCAAGGCUUGUUUGGGCCACCCUGGCAUUUAUGGUGGUAACCAUCAUCACCUUUCUUAUGGCUCUCUUUGUUGUGGUUCUACAGAACCAAAGACCUACACCAGAAGCCUCUGCCUCCUCCCAAGAGUUUCCAGGAGACAACACUACUGGGCAGUUACCUGUGGAACUUGACAAUCCCUACCACUCUGGCAGGGUGGCAGAGUUGCAAGAGGCUAUCCAGAUGUUUAAAGAUCAUGUGGAGAAUUCCAGCACCUGGAGCGUGGAGAUCCAGAUGUUGAUGUGCAGAAUGGACAAUGUCAGUUCUCAGAUCCAGAUGUUCAGCGGUCAUCUGAAAAAUGCCAGUGCUGACAUCCAGAUGGUAACAGGCAUUCGGAAAGAUGUCAACACCUUGAGUUUCCAGACCCAAAUGUUAAGGAGUUCCUUGGAGGGGGCCAGUGCUGAGCUCCAGAAGCAAAAGGGAGAUCUGGAAAAGGCAAAUGCCUUAAAUUCCCAGACCCAGACUUUCUUACAAAGCAGUUUAGAAAACACCAGUCUCGAGCUCGGCGUAUUAAGCAGAGGAUUAGAAAAUGCCAACACUGACAUUCAGGCCUUGAAGGCAGGGUUGGAAAUGGCGAACUCCCAGGCCCAGUUGACAAACAGUAGUUUAAAGCAUGCUAAUGCUCAGAUCCUCGUUUUGAGAGGCAAUCUGGAUAGUGUCAAUGAUUUAAAGGCCCAGCAUCAGGUUUUAAGAAAUGGUUUGAAAGGAGCCAAUACUGAGAUUCAGAAGCUAAAGGAAAGCCUGCAAAAUGCAAAGGCUGUAAAUUCCCAGACUCAGACCCUUUUAAAAGGCAGUUUAGACAACAGCAGUGCUGAGAUCCAGCUAUUAAGAGGUCAUCUGGAAAGGGCUGGCAAUGAGAUUCACUUGUUAAAAAGAGGUUUGGAAACGGCCACUGCCCAGACCCAAAUGGCAAAUGGCCGCCUGGAGCAGACAGAUGCUCACAUCCAACUAUUAAAAACACAGCUGGAAAAUGCCAAUGCCUUAAAUUUCGAUAUCCGGGUAUUAAAUGAUCAUUUGAAAAAUGCCAGCCGAGAGAUAAAGACCCUAAAAGAAGGAAUGAAGGGGGCUGCGGCCUUAAACUCUAAGACCCGGAUGUUAGAGAGCAACCUGCAGAAGGCCAACGCUGAGAUCCAGAAGUUAAAAGGCGAGUUAGAGAACUCUAAAACACUAACUACGAAAAUCCAGGAGGCGCAAAGGAGCCUGGAGACCCUCCACGCGGCCUUUGCUUCACAGGAGCAGCGACAGAAGACCCAAAAUCAACUUCUCCAGCUGAUCCUGCAAGGCUGGAGGGCCCAUGGCAGCAACUUAUAUUACUUCUCUAAAGUCAAGAAGUCUUGGCACGAGGCUGAGCAGUCAUGUGUGUCCCAGGGAGCCCACCUGGCCUCAGUGACCUCUGCAGAGGAGCAGGCAUAUCUGAAAGAGUUCACAAGUACUACCUACCACUGGAUUGGCCUCACUGACAGAGAAACUGAGGGCUCCUGGCACUGGGUAGAUGGGACACCAUUCAAUUAUGCCCAGAGCAGAGCAUUUUGGGAUGAUAAUCAACCAGACAACUGGCGGCACAAAGAUGGGCAGAAUGAAGAUUGUGUCCAUAUUCAGCAGAAGUGGAAUGACAUGAACUGUAACUCCCUCUAUCACUGGGUCUGCAAGAAGCCCUUUAGCAAGGAUGUGGCCUGAGGCAGGCCAGAAAUGAGAGGUCACUGCCACUGCUAGCUCUGGACCCUUUCCACUCAAGCCUCUGAAGCCAGCCUGUUCUCUGGGGCCUUCCAUUUGUGUUUCCUGCUCUGUACUUUUAUUUUACCCUUCAAACAUGCUUACCUCAAGUGACCCAGUGGCACCAAUGGCUCCUCAAGGCAAGAGCCUUGCUGUGCCUCUGUAUCCCCCUCAGCAAUCAGCACAGGCCUGUCAGACAGUGGGUCCCAAGGGUCUCAAUAAAUACUCAUUGGAUGAAC